ACGCAUCCGUAAAGAGCAGUGCAGUGCAUAGCAUAAUAUUUUUAGAUGUAGAAAAUAGGUGCGACCGCUUAUUUGUUUCCAAAAUCGUACACAUAAGGUUAGAGUAGUGCGAUAAUAUGCAGAACAACCCCCAGGAGCUCUCAUGGCAAGCGAUUCAGGCUAUCGUGGGGGUUAAGCUGCCUUCCAAUGUGCUGCGCUUUGACGAUAUCGGGUUCAACAAUUCCGCCUCGAGUGACGAUUCCGAUUCAGAUGUGGAAAUUGUCGAAAAUGACUGGGAGUCCGACAACAACGUAUCUACAAAGCCCGAACUCUCGGACAACGAGAAAAAUACAUCCCCGGAUAGGGCCCAGAGUGAAUCGCCUGUUCUACAUCUCGUAGAGCCUGACAAUAAUAAUUCAGGUAAAAACUCAUUAUAUCAAGACUAUUUACAGAAAAUUGAUACCAAAGAUGUAACAGAGAAUGACCAAAAUCAGAUGAAUAAUGAUGAUGCAGAUAGUUCUAAUGGAAAUGUGAUGUCGAUCGAAAACUACUUAGAAGUGACUCUGUCAACUGACUCUGAGGCUAGUCACGUAUGCAGCCGGUGCAACCAAAUGUUUCCCAGUGAGCAGCUGCUCUCGGCGCACAGCUGCAGUGCCAAACCCACCGAGGAGAAAAAGUUCCCUUGUCACGUAUGUGCAGAGAAGUUUACAAGUUACUGGGAACUUCGGAAACAUAUGAACACUCACUUCCCAGGAAUGUUAGACUCUAAAUCCAGCUUUUGCCACCUUUGCCAGAAAGACUACACUAAAACAGGCUUCAUGAACCACCUCCGGAAACACACAGGCGAACGGCCUUUUGUAUGUGAAUUGUGCCACAAGGCAUUUUCACAGUCCAGCUCACUCUCCAUUCACAUGAAGUUCCACCUCAAUGUGCGCAAACAUUGUUGUACUGUAUGUGAGAAAAAGUUUGUAACUAAAAGUGAACUGUCUCGUCAUAUGACAGUCCACACUAAACAGAAGUCCUAUUAUUGUGGAGUAUGUGAUAAAGCUUUUACACGCUCUGACAACAUGAAGAAGCAUGAGAAAACUCAUGGUUGAAAUACUAUAGUAAUGUAGGGCUCUAACAAGUGAACAGCAUCAUGGAAUGUAGUCGAAAAACAUAUAUGUCAACUAAAUUUAGUUAAUUUUAUUGUAAAUGAGAAUUUAUCUAUUUAUUUUACAAUUUUGUGUGAUGCUUUUCACUGAGUUUUCAGAUUCUCCAUUUGCCAAAACCUUAGUCAUAGCGUUUGCUUAUUCUAAUUUUGCAUUGAUUUUAUACCAAAUUGAAGAAUAUGAUCUAGUUCAUAAAUUUAGUCAAUAAUGGUGUGUUUGAGUGUUUCGCUCUAGUGUGCUGCUGUAGUUGCUUUUAAGGGUUUUAUUUAUGCGAUUUUAAUUAUGCAUGUUUGGAUAGGUUUACUAGGGAAAUGCCGUAACAGGUGCUUUAAUAUAAUGUCACAUAUCUUGAUCCAAAGUUGCCUUUUUAGAUACGAUAAAGUGAUAUAUAUACAUAAGAGUAUAGGUCAAAAGUCCAAAGAUUCCGAUAGCUGUAACAUAUUUACACUAGGUAAAGGAAAAGUACUGUCUUGAGGCCUUCUGUUAAAUAUUGUCACAAAUUGUUCCUGCUUCUCUCUAAGAGCUUUAAUAAGUACUAUCAAAGAUUAAUAAUAAUAUUUUUGUAUACCUUUAUUUUAAGGUAUUAAAGUACCAGUUGUGAACUAAACACACUUUGCCAAAUUUUAGAUGUAGAGUUCAACUGACUGUUUUACUGUGUUGAAGUAACCAAAGCAAUAAUUAAUUUACAUAAGUUAAAAUACACGUCACAUUUAAUACACUUGACAUUGAGGUUGAUCAUAAUUUAUUAGGUAUAUGAAUUCUGUUGUAAGUGUUUCAGAUUUUAUAAAGUCUGAUUUUUAGCUAAUUGGAAAUAUAGUCAAUUGCAACACAAUUUAAAGAAUUCAUUCAAUGGUCUCAAAAACAAUAAUUAGUUAUCAUAAAUUCGAACAAUUAAGAUGUUUAAGUUAAGUAUAAUCUAAUUGUAAGCUAACACAAAAAUUGUAUUCUAUACAUCACAAAUACUUUUACAAUGGAAGAUAAGAAGUAAUGAACUUUUGAAAUCAUCUUCUAUAAACUGUUGCCUAAUUGGAAUUUAACAUUUACAUUGUAAGAAACUGCAAACUGCCUUACACAGGCUAGCCUUAAGAUUGAAAUCCAAAGAUAUUAAUAUUUUAUUAAUUGGCUAUUGACCAAAGCUAUUUUUAUAUUUCGAUUGUGCCACUUUUCGAUUUUAUAAACUGGUUGUACC